AUGAUGAAUUUUGAGAAAAAACAUGUGAAUAUGUUGCAACAUCUUUAUUAACUAAUGAAGAAUAAGAAGCUUAUUUAUAAGGUCAUAAUUGUAUUACAUAAACUGGAGGUUGAUUUACUACUUAAAAUAUUUUGGAAGCAAGAUAUUUAUAGAAUAUAAUGUAAUUGGGAUAAAGUUAAUUUGAAUUAAAGAGGGAAGAUCAUGUUGGUAUUAAAUAUAAAAAUAUUCAGGUAGUUAUUCAGUAAAUAGAUUACUUUCUGCAAGCCAUACAAUAACAUAGAAUGAUUGUUAAUUAUUUUUUCGAUACAUGUAUUGCUAAUUCAACAAAUAAAGAAUGCAUAGAGAAAACAUGUGAAGAUUCUCUUCUUUAAACAGAUUGUUUUAUGAAUGUCUUAAGUAAUUAAGCAUGUGUGUGGAUUGAAAAAUGUUAUUAAAAGUAAUUUGACUUUGCUUCUAAGGCAACUACUCAUCAAGAAUGUUAAAUAUAUAAAUAAAGUUUUAAAAUUAAUAAUAAUAUUAUUGAUAAUUUAUUAGUAAUGUUGUUUAUAAUCAAUGUAGAGAUAAGAGUUGUUCCACUGCAUUGUUUUGAUUCUCCUGAUAGUUAAUUGUUUUAUACAGAUCAAGAAAGUUCAAUUUAUUAAAGUAAUCAAAAAUGCUCAGAUGAUAAGAUGAUAAGAGAUCAGGAUAAUGUCAUAAAACUAUAUAAAAUUAAACAACAAAAGAUGAUUGUAAAAUGGAUUAUAGAUAAAUGUUAUUCAAUACAAUAUUCAAUAUCAUAACCUUGUUCAAUGUUAAAAGGAUCUAAAUAUAUGUAUUAAAAGUUUAAUGAUGGUUGUACAAAUACAGAUUCAGCUAAUUCUUUAACUCCUUGUUUUUUAGUUUAAUAGUUAAAAAUAGGAUCAUAAUUAACUUUUCGAGAUUGUUAACAAUUAGAUAUAUAAUAUUCUGUGAAAAUAGAUGGUACUUGA